GGGGCUCGUGUCCUCAUCCCGCCCCCGCCGCGCGCCCAGAUCCGCCAAGCUGCCGGGGGAGUCUUGAUAUCUUGGCGAAGGUUUCUUUACGCUGUGGCGCUCUAGCGUUUGGGGGUUGUGUGUGUAGCUGUGUUGCUCGCAGCUAGGGCCCCUCGCCCUCGGCCCCUCGGCUGGCUUAGCACCGCAGCCCCGCAGUGUGCAGCGCGCGCCGCCAGCUCCGCAAGGGAUGGAGCAGACCGAGGUCCUAAAGCCACGGACCCUGGCCGAUCUGAUCCGCAUCCUGCACCAGCUCUUCGCCGGCGAGGAUGUCAACGUGGAGGAGGUACAGGCCGUCUUGGAAGCCUACGAGAGCGACCCCGCCGAGUGGGCAGUGUACGCCAAGUUCGACCAGUACAGGUAUACCCGAAAUCUUGUGGAUCAAGGAAAUGGAAAAUUUAAUCUAAUGAUUCUAUGUUGGGGUGAAGGACAUGGCAGCAGUAUCCAUGAUCACACUGACUCCCACUGCUUUCUGAAGAUGCUACAGGGAAAUCUAAAGGAGACGUUAUUUGCCUGGCCAGACAAAAAAUCCAAUGAAAUGAUCAAGAAGUCAGAAAGAAUCCUGAGGGAAAACCAGUGUGCCUACAUCAACGAUUCCAUUGGCUUACAUCGAGUAGAGAAUAUUAGCCAUACGGAACCUGCCGUGAGCCUUCACUUGUACAGUCCUCCUUUUGAUACAUGCCAUGCCUUUGAUCAAAGAACAGGACAUAAAAGCAAAGUCACCAUGACAUUCCAUAGCAAAUUUGGAAUCAGGACUGCACUUACAACUUCUGGAUCUCUGGAGAACAACUAAGGAAUACGAAACCCUCUGAAGUUGUACUUUAAGGUCCGCUGAAAGUUUUGCCUUGGACAGGAAGGGCCUUCCACCAUUUGCUGCCCAGUAAUAUACUUUACAAAGCCAAUACUUAGAUCUACUGUAAGGUAGAUGUGAUUGUAAGGCAUUAAGUAAGCAAAGAGUGCCCUGAGCUACUGCAGGAGAAAAAGUCCCACUACAGAAAAAAAAAGCUUGUAAUUUUAAAGGCCAAAUCAAGUGCUCUCCUGGUUUUAUCCUCUAAAUCCAGUGGAACCAUACUGGGAAGGUCAAUGAAGGUUUUUAUAGCUUUUGGAAACACUUUGGUCUCUGAACUAUAAUUAGCAAUAAAUAAAAACAAGAAACCACAGACAUCAAAUGCCUGCCUUGUUACUUGGAGGACUAAAUGUAGAUAUCUUUAAUAUACUUUGUAUUUCCUUAAUAUUUGAAGAGAAUCUUUUGAAUCUGUGGAUAUUAUUUUUUCAAUCUUAUUUUACAAAUUCUUGUUCUAUAAGUAAUAGGGUAUUGUAGAUAGAAAAACUUAAGGUACUUUGCCAUUUGGUAAUAAAAUGAAGGGCAGAGGAUUUAGAAAAGUACAUGUACCCAAGCCCACAACAAACCAAAAACAUAAAUUCGUGUCAGUGUGUCCAGUGGUCACAGUCAAAGACUUUGUACUGCUACAAAAAUUGCCAAAUAAUUUUAAUAAAAUUGGAUUUGAACACAA